AUGUCGUUCGAAAGGAAACAAAAAGUGAUGUUCGUACUGUGCCUAAUCUUUGGAUUGUGGCACUUUGCGACCCAAUGGACCACAACUCUUCUCUCUUUCCUCCAAUGGGACACUGAAGAGGUGAUGACGAUCACAGAUCUCGGAUACAUUCAAGCGUUCGGAUCUUUGUGCAAUGCCAUCGGAGCACUGGCCGCCGGACAAUUGGCUGACACUUUGGGUGCGCAGAGCAUGUUCCUACUCUCCGUGGUGUUCACCGCCGUUUAUUAUUCGGGAAUUUCGAUGGCCCGAUCUUGGUACUCGUUCUUCUUCCUUCAAUUGCUACGAUUUGGUUAUCAGUUGGACGGAACCGCAGAAAUGUAUUUGGCGACUGUCACUACUGAGAGCGAGAGAACCAGUGCUCUCAUGAGACUCACUAUCCCACAGGUUUGCAAGAAACACAAAAAAUUUGCCCAAAUUCUCAACUAAAUGCUUCAGGCCGGUGCCAUGUUCUUCGGUCCGAUCGUCGGAUCCAAAGUGGCCGCCUGGACCUCCCUGAGAACUUCCCAGUUCAUCGUUGGAAUCGUGCUCGCUGCCACGAUGGUCCCAGUCCUCCUAUUCCUGCUGCCAACCACCCACUCCAUUCCUCGUCUCGCUUCUGCCCGACUUCGCCCACAAGACUAUUGGCACAUGAUCGCCAAGAACACGGCGCUCAAGGAGGGACUCUUCAUCCGCGGAAUGCUGAUUUCCGCCUAUGUGUGCUACGAGAUGAUCUCUCGUAACUUUUUGCUCCGCAACUACAUGCACAACACGAAUGACAGUGCGUACGUGCUGCUCACGAUGUCCGCCUCGCUGCUCUUCGUCCAAUUCAUUGUCAUGCCGCUUGUGCAGCGCAGAGCCAGCCCGAAAAGCCUGCUCCAGGUCUCUCUGAUCGGGUUGUUCGCUAGUUAUUUGGCUGCCGCUUUUGCGACGAGCUUCGAUCAAAUGCUCGUGAUCACUGCUGUUCAGACGGCUGCCUAUGCGGUGGCUUACGCCGAGAGCUCUACUCAGAUUACCACGUGAGUAGAUUUCUCUCAGAAUCGAGCAAGAUCUAAUACCAUUUUUUGCAGCGCUGUUGAGCUAACAGAUCUCGGAAAGGCGACUGGAUUCGCGUCGAUGGUCCAGUGGCUGACCCACUUUGUCCUGCCGCUCUACGCUUCGUUCCUCGUCGAAAUGUUCCACUACACCUACGCGUUCUACACGUCCGCCAUCCUGUCCGUCGUCCUUUUCGCCUACAUUUCCGCGUUCGGAAAGUCCACUCCGAACCGUUCUGGCGCCCUUCUCCCCUCCCUUUCGGCCACCAACUACUGA